AUGGCCGCAGCACCGAAAUUUGCCCGAGGCAUGAACAAAGGCCAAUUGCAACCGGAGCUGAACUCGUUACUGGAACAAGGGUGGGCGCUGGAUGAGGAUGGAAUGGGCGUGAAGAAGACAUACUACUUCAAAACAUAUUUCAAGGCGGUGAGCUUCGUCAACGUCGUCGCAUCGCAAAGUGCAGCCAAGAAACACCACCCAACCAUCACAGUCAGAAUCGGCUCCGUCGACAUCCACUGGACCACGCACCAACCACGCGGUCUAACCGAUAAAGAUCUGACAAUGGCGCAACACUGCGACGAGGCGGCAGAGUUAAUGGGCGCUGUGGAAAAGGAUCAGGGCAAGAAAUGCGGUCCUUCUUCCCCGACUCCCUCUUCGCCGGGGUUAUAG